AUGGCUGCUCUAAUGGCACAUGGUUUUGUCCAAAUAUGGAGCAGGAAAACUGGUAUGUCUAAGUCGAAAGAAGCAUUCAUUCAAACAGUAGAAAGAAAGAGCAAAGUUAGAUUGGUGGUCUAUUUCAGUACUGGAGAGCAUAAAACUUUUCGUCUAAGUAAUAAUAUUAAAAGCGUGGUCCUUAGAUCCUAUGGAAAAAAACAAAACCACCUGCACUUAACGUUCCAAGAUAAUAGCUUCUUGUUCAUUGAAAAAUUAUCCUCCAGAGAUGCUGAAAAUUUGAAGGCAUUCCUGGAUAGGGUCCAUGAAAAUAAUCUUCAACCACCCAUAAGACCUGAUAGGGAUGGGAGCGUCUUUGCCAGCACAGCAGUACACAAGCCAGUCAACAAGACUUCAUUUCACAAAACAUGUAAGAAGUCAGGUAGUCCAUCUUUUGAGAAAGGGGGAAAAAAUGAAACACCUGAUCUUGAGAAGAUGCCUUUGUUUGCUUCAAAAUCAUCAACAUUGACUUGGGAAGAGUUACUAGAAAAUGGAUAUGGGAAGAGAAAAAAGAUGCUGUCAUCUGGCUCAGAGAUGAAUAGGAAUUUCCUGAAAGAAAACAUCUUUGUAAGAAAGAAGAGGUCCAAGACAAAUCCCUUCAGGCAUGCAAGCCACAAGGAGAGGAAAGAAUGGAGGUUAAAACAGAAUAAGAAAUUGGAAUUUGGGCCUUCAUUCAAGAUCAGUUCUACUGGAAACCCUUACCUAGAUGGCAUUGGUCUUCUCCAGAUGCUGGCUAAGAAAAUAUAUUUGGCAUUUCUGUCCGAAUCCAGGUAUGGUGAGGAUGACCCAGACUGGGACAAACUCAAGAUGACCUUGGACUUUUAUCCAGAGAAACUAUGGCAAGGCUUCCCCAAUUUGGGAAACACCUGUUACAUGAAUGCAGUUUUACAGUCCCUAUUUUCAAUUCCAUCAUUUGCUGAUGAUUUACUCAGUCAGGGUUUCCCAUGGGGUAAAAUUCCCCUCGAUGCACUUAGCAUGUGCUUGGCACAGCUGCUUGUCUUAAAAGACAUUUAUAACAUAAAAAUCAAGGAGAGGUUACUUGUGAAUAUUAAGAAAGCCAUUUCAGCAGUUGCAGAGAUAUUCUCUGACAACAUUCAGAAUGAUGCUCAUGAGUUUUUAGGUCAAUGUUUAGAUCAGAUGAAAGAAAACAUGGGACAAUUAAACUCGAUUUGGGAGACCACAUUUGAGUCUGAGCAAGGAGAUUCACCUCAACAGGUUCUCACCGGCAGUACUGCCACCGAAAUGCUUGUCUGUCCUGUCAUCACUAAUUUUGAGUUUGAGUUGCUGUGCUCAAUUGUUUGUAAAGCCUGUGGGGAGGUUGUUCUUAAGACAGAGGUGAGUAAUUAUCUCUCCAUCAACCUUCCCCAAGGAACGGAAGCACUUCCCUUGUCUAUUCAGUCUAGUUUUGAUCAUUUCUUUGGAGCAGAAGAGCUUGAGUAUCGAUGUGAGAAGUGUAAGCACAGGGGUUCCGUUGCUGUGCACAAGUUCGGCAGGCUGCCCAGGGUCCUCAUUGUCCAUCUGAAACGCUAUAGCUUUAAUGAGUUUUGGUCUUUAAAAAAGGAUGACCAAGAGGUCAUUAUUUCCAAAUAUUUAAAGUUAUCUUCCCAUUGCAGUGAAAGCACCAAACCACCACUUCCCUUAAGCAAGAAUGCACAUAUUAGGGAGUUCCAGAUCUUAAAAAUCUUUCAAAGGAUAAAUUCUGAAAUCUUCGGUUUAUCAACGCCUUCAGCAGAACCGACCUCGGAAUCCAAGGAUUCCUUGGCUGCUCACAUUGGAUCAGAAAAAGAGUCUGAGUCACAAAAAUACCAGAUUCUUGAUAAAGGUUUAAGUGGAGAACAGCAAAAAGACCUGGGAAAAUCUACACCGAAUGUAAUAGACUCCACAUUGUUAAACUCAGGAGAUGGAGCAGCCAUUGCAAAAGAGCUAUUAGCAGUGAGCUUAAUGAUGGAUCUGGAAGACAACUUCCUUUCUCCGAAAGGUAAACCCACCAGCAGCACAUGUCAAGAAGUGCCUGAAAAUCCAAAACUAAAGAAAUGCAAGAGAUCCAACAUGUUUGUAGAUCUUGAGGGUAUCACUAAGACUAUCAAGCAUGUUUGUAAAGAUAACCCCCCCCGAAUUUUGGAAUUAUUUCACCAAGAGUCUGAACAGGCCCAGCAGUAUGAAAGGCUGAGACUCUAUGAACAAGCCCUUUGGCUGGCACUGCUUCAAAGCCUUCCAAAGUCAGGUGCCCGGUACACAAAGAACCUGAGAAGACCUACAGAAGUACAUUUUCAGGGGGCCGAUGUGAAUUCCCUAGGUGCAUUGGGUUCCGAUAAAAACCCUGGAAACAAAAAAUGUGUAGAUAGGAAGACAGAACCUGAAACCAAGAAACCAAAAAGAAAUGCCGAGAUGGAGGAUCCUCAUGCCUAUCGGCUCAUUGGUGUUGUCAGCCAUCUUGGGAAGACCCCCAAUUCGGGCCAUUAUAUCAGCGAUGCCUACGACUUUGAGAGGCAAGUCUGGUUCACUUACAAUGAUCUGCAGGUAUCAAGUAUCCAAGAGGCCCCAAUGCAGGAGGCUAGGCUUUGCACUGGGUACAUCUUCUUUUACAUGCACAAUGAGAUCUUUGAAGAGCUGUUGGAAAGAGAAGAGAACUCCCAGCCUCAUAGCACAGAGGCAGGGAAGACCCCUCGGGAGUAG